CAGCAUGCUGUCAGAGAAAAUGAGAAACCGCCUCCAGGCCAAAGGUCUUCAAAACCACUGGGUGCUGAAUUCUGCUGAUAAUACAAGCCACUCACCAGGUGCACAAUGGGACGGCUUGAUGGAAAAAUAAUCCUGGUGUCUGCUGCUGCACAAGGGAUUGGACAAGCUGUGGCCCUUGCUUUUGCAAAGGAAGGUGCUGAGGUCAUUGCUACAGACAUUAAUGAAUCCAAACUUCAUGAACUAGAAGGCCAUCCAGGCAUUCAGGUUCGAAUGCUGGAUGUCACCAACAAAGGACAAAUUGAAAAUCUGGCCAAGGAAGUGAAGAGAAUAGAUGUUCUGUGUAAUAUUGCAGGAUUUGUCCAUCAUGGGACCAUUUUGGAUUGUGACGAAAAGGACUGGGAUUUCACAAUGAAUAUCAAUGUGCGCAGCAUGUACCUGAUGAUCACAGCAUUCCUGCCUAAGAUGCUUGAGCAAAAAUCUGGCAACAUUAUCAACAUGUCUUCAGUGGCAUCCAGCAUUAAAGGGGUUCCUAACAGGUGUGUCUACAGUACCUCUAAGGCAGCAGUUAUUGGUCUCACCAAAUCUGUAGCCGCUGACUUCAUUGGAAAAGGAAUCCGAUGCAACUGUGUUUGUCCUGGCACCGUUGACACUCCUUCACUACGGGAGAGAAUCCAGGCCAGCCCUGAUCCAGAACAGGCACUGAAAGACUUUCUGGCCAGGCAAAAGACAGGUAGAAUGGCUACAGCUGAAGAAAUAGCCCACCUUUUUGUAUAUCUAGCAUCUGAUGAGUCGGUGUACAUGACGGGCAACCAAUGCAUUAUUGAUGGUGGUUGGAGCAUGUAAUUGCCAUUUGCAAAUGAAAAAAAAUUCUCUGGAUACCAGAAGACAGAAAGGAGAAGCUGUUUGGAAGAGGAUAAUCAGUGCCAUGCCACUCUUAAUGACUAAAAUGAGAGAUCCCAGGGAGUUUAUCAACUAUCUGAUAAGUACUAAUCCAUCUUUUCCUGAAAGCCCUUCUGACUUAGAAGAUUUACUGCACAUUUGCUGCUUCCAAUCUCCAUGUUUUCAUUCAAGCUUGUUAAUUCUGUUUUCAUGAACGCUGUAUUUUUCUCUUUCUCAUUAAUUACCAGCCCCAAAAACUUAAGAAAAAUAUCCUCAACAACUUUACUCGUCUAAACAAAUCAAUUAAUAUAUCAAUUUCUACUGUUUUUGUCAACUAGGAACACUAUAUUUUCUAAGCAUUCAAAUCAAAAUGCCUUAUUCUUAUAAAAUCAAAAGUGAGGGUGGAAUAAAACUCUUUUCCAUGUCUAGUCAUUUUGCUGUAUAUCAUUCUUAUCACUGUAAAUGGUAUCUUUAAUGGUAAGUGACCUAAAUCAUCUCUGACUAUAUUUCAUUUAAGAACAUUUCAAUCAGGGCUAGGCAACUGUUGAGAGUAGGAAGCCACAUUGCUCCUGCAACCUUGGAAGGCCCCCCCAAAACCCCAAAUACAUUUUUCCCCUCUGAACACCCCCCAUUCUCCCAGGAACCCCAAUUGUUGCACCCCAUGGAAAAUCUGAAGCCCAGGGAUUUUUUGUAACAGAAGCUGACACAAAAGUCACUUUCUGGUUUUAAAAAUUGCUUCUCCUGGGCCUCCAAUGGCCUAAGAGUCCCCAAAAAGUGGUCAACAAGCCCACAUGAGGCACAUUCUUUAUCUCAGGGCCCCUUAGAAACAGCACCAUGGGCCCAGUUUCCCAUUCUGAUAUAAAUCAAGCCUAGGAAACGCAGCUUCAGGUGCCAGUUACUUUCUCUGAUGUGCAGUGGAUCAACAUCUGCUGAAAAUGUGCCUUUUCCUGAUUUUUUUUUUAAACCAGCAAGUGCAUUGUUUCAAAUAAGCAAACACAUUUUUCCUUGCCAUCCACCACCCUCUACCAGAAAGUGAUGGUUCUGAGACUUCCAGCAGUCUGCAUCUCAUUGUUUUUAACCAAAACGUUUCCCCCAGUAGUAGAAAUACUUCUCCCCUUGCCAGUUCAGGGUUGUAUGGCCAGUGCAAAAAUGAAGGAGGCAUGCAACCCACAUUUUGCCUUCUGGCCGACAUAUUGCCUACUGGUAUUGGUGUUUGCCCAACCUCUGCUUUAAGUUCACAAUUUUGUUUCAAAGCAGUAUACUCCUCUGCUGUAAAAUUCCACUACAGUAACAGUACAUUUAGAGUUGAAAUUUUUAGAAGCAAUGCAGAGUAGUACGCUCCAUACAAGCACAUACAUGAUGAUGGCCUGUCAUUUCAUGAAACACACUCAAGGGUUCUUUUCCUUUUUAUUCACUGAAAGAAAUAUGUUUACUCUUUUCUGUCCAGAGUAGCAGUACCUGUUUUUAAUGAACAAUUUUUCUGAUGGGGAUAAACAUAAGCUAUGAUACAUCUAAGUGAAAAGGUACUUGUGGCAAAGGCCAUAUCAGACAAAAGACCUACUUAGUCUUUAGGAGUACGUGAUGAUACCAAUAAAAUAUCAUUCAUUCAUGCUCA